CCGGGAAGAGAGAUGUCGCCCCUUCCCCAACCGUGGAAGUCCGUUUCCUCCCCGGCUUUCCCAAGGGUCUGUCCCUGCAGGGAGCCAGCCGCUCGUCCUGCUGAGGCCUUUGGGCUAGACACCGGCUGCCAGGCUUUCUUCUGGCUCAGCGGGUGCAACAUGCCUUCCCCACUAAGGAAGACUAGGAAGUUCCGUGAGCACAUCAGCCACGGGCGUAUCGGCAAGCACCGGAAGCACCCUGGGGCUGGUGGAAAUGCAGGAGGGUUGCACCAUCACUGCAUCAACUUCGACAAAUAUCACCCAGGUUACUUCGGGAAAGUGGGUCUGAGGCAUUCUCACUUGAAGAAGAACCAAAGCUACUGUCCAACCGUCAACCUUGAUAAGCUGUGGGCACUGGUCAGUGAGCAGACCAGCAUUAAUGCUGCCAAAAGCAAGGCAGGGCUUGCCCCUGUCAUUGAUGUUGUGCUGGGGCACUACAAAGUGCUAGGAAAAGGGAAAGUCCCCAAGCAGCCCGUCAUCGCGAAGGCAAAAUUCUUCAGCAGAAGAGCAGCGGGAAAGAUUAAGGGUGUUGGUGGAGCGUGUGUCCUUGUGGCAUAA